GAUGCCUCGACCUUUAGACCAUAAAUAACCAACAGGAGCACUACACAAGUUUCACCAGCGUAUGAGUCAGCCAAGAAAGCUGCUGGAGGAAGUAGUCAACGCAUCAUAGAACACCCCUCAUCUGCCUCCACAGCUCAAAAGACAAAAUGCCGUCAUCAACGCUCAUUUCAAACCUCACGCAGGAAUGGGUCGAGAGCCUUCUGAGGUGGAAACUCCAUUAUUUUGUCAUCCCGACCACCGUCGUCACUCUGGCCACCUUGGUAGCCAACCCCGUUCUCCUGUCGUGCAUUUUCCUGUCCCGUUCCCUGCGCCAGGAAACGCGUUACCUGCUGGUGGCCAACACCCUGGCGGCUGACAUACUCUUCCUCGUCUUCAACCUGGCCGUAGUGAUCUGUAACGCCGUGAGAGCUCAAAUACCCUGGCUGCUCUGCGAGCUGAUCACGGCCGUGAUAGUGACCGCCUACACCUGUGCCAUAUUCACCAUCACCCUCAUGGUGGUCGACACCUAUGCUGCGGUCCGCUGGCCUCUCCGUUACCAUGAGGUUCUUCCCCCGGAACGCACACACUGCAUACUGCUGGGGGCCUGGGUGCUGGCGGCCAUGUACCCUCUCGUCCUGGUGAUCAUAAGGGUGGUGAAGGGAGAACAUUCGCAGAACAAUGGGGCUGUGUGUCUGGCCCUCAUCUCCCUAGGCUUUUUCCAGGUCAAGAACAUCCGGGGUGUCCGCAGCCACUUCAUCGUGUGGGCACUCAUCUGUGCUGCGCUCAUCUUUUUCUGCUACAUUCGGCUCUACAUGGUGACAAGGACCCAGGGCAUCUGGCAUAGCCGCUUCUCGAGGGCCCGGGUCACACUGCUGGCUCACGGGGUUCUCCUCCUGCUCUACUUCACCCCCGGCUUGGUUUUCAUCCUGGAGCUCUUCCUGUUCCAGGCUGAAGAAAUUAGUCAGGACCUGCGAGUGUGGAUCAACACGGUCAACAUGUGUGUCUUCAUGUUGCUGCCCAGGGCGGUUGCUCCAUACCUGUAUGGGCUGAGGUACAGGGAGAUCUCUGUCACACUGAUGAUGCUGCUGCACCAGCACAGUAGACACACAGUUUCAUGAAGACACUCACAAACCGUCUGUUAUUCAGAUUUCGGUUGUGGAAUUGAUUGAUUGUGAUAUACACUACCGUUCAAAAGUUUGGGCUCACUUUGAAAACAACAAAAAAACUUAGAAAUGUCCUUAUUUUUCAAAGAAAACCCAUUUUUUCAAUAAAGAUAACAUAAAAAUAAUCAGAAAUACACUCUAUACAUUGUUAAUGUGGUAAAUGAUUAGUCUAGGUGGAAACGUCUGGUUUUUAAUGAAAUAUCCAUUUCCAGUGUUCUAAUGGUAAAUUGUGUUAUCACCUUAGAAGACUAAUGGAGGGAUAGAAACCCCUUUUUUAUGUUAGCACAGCUGAAAACAGUUAUGCUGGUGAGAGAAGCUACAACACUGGCCUUCUUUUGAGCUAGAAGUUUGAAGAACAACAUUUAUAUUUCAAAUACAAAUCAUUACUUCUAACCUUAUCGAUGUCUUGACUAUAUUUCCUAUUCAUUUUGAAAUUCAUUUGAUAGAUAAAAGUUUGAGUUUUAAAUAAAAUGUAAAAUUAAAUAUACACUUUUAUUAAUCCCCAAGGGGAAAUUAGUUCUCUGCAUUUAACCCAUCCUUAGUUAUUAAGGAGCAGUGGGCUGCAGUGAUGCGCCCGGGAAGCAACUGGGGGUUCAGUGCCUUGCUCAAGGACACUUCGACUUGCAACUAAUGGGGAGAGCGGGGAUCAAACCCACAACCUUGCGGUUGCAGGACGGCCCUCUUACCCCACUGAGCAACAGCCGCCCCAAAAUGAAAAACACGAAAUUUACUGGGUGACCCCCAAACUUUUGAACGGAAGUGUAGAUCAUAUAAUUCAGUUUUCUCAGUUGCCCUCCAAAAAUACAAAAAUGUAAAUGAAAAUGUAUAUUUAAAAUGUAGUGUUUGUGGGUGUAUAUUGUCUAAAUCAUACGUGUCAAACUCAAGGCCUGCGGGCCAAAUGUGGCCCGCCAGGUCAUUUUAUGUGGCCCGCAACUGCAUGAAAUAAAUAUGAUGCCUUUUCUUAAAAAAGGGAGGAAAAAAA